CCAGGGUGGCUGCAGAUCCACGCGAUGCUGCGCAAUCGCAAUGAAUUCGAUGCGGGCAGUCCACAGCGAAAUGUUCACGGUCGUGGCGUCGCGUCGUGAACGUGAAAUCGCACCCCAGCGUUUCAACCAGCUUCAGCUUUCCACCCCAUGGUGGUCAUGGCCAUCGAUGAAGGGUAUAAAAGAGGAAGCGCGCGCUGGGUGGCUCGUCUCGUCAUGAUCGCCCUCUACACAAUCGACCCGGCACAGGCUCACUUCCACGAUCCAGGCAGUAAACGCAAGAAGCAUGACCGACUGGAAGCCACCUGCCUUUGGCACGCCGACAUGGCUCGCCAUCCCCGCUACUGAUGUCCCGCGAGCCUCCGAGUUCUACAAGAAGGUGUUCAACCUGCCGUUCAAGGAGCAGCCCGCCGCCAUGUCUCCCGAUCAUAUUCGCCUCUUCGACCUGACCAAGAAUGGGCUGAGCAUCACUGGAGGUAUCCUCAAGGCCCCCGACUCGACUGGCGCGUUUCGCGGUGGCAAGGGCGGCGUCUGCCUCCACUGGUUUGUCGAAGACGUGGAUGAGUCGGCCAAGCUCAUUGAGGCUGCUGGCGGCAAGAUGUUGACUGAGAAGGAAAAGGAAGGCGAGUCUGGCGUGUUCCGCUAUUUUGAGGACACGGAAGGCACCGUUGGGUCGGUAUACAUGCUGGUCAAGUGAAAAUACUGUCUGAAUCAGAUUCACUUGAUGAUGACUGGACUUCGUGAGCCCCGAUAUAUCAAGGCCUACGGUCUGGUGGCGAACAGCAGCAAUCGGCAAACGUGAACAACAGCCGGCCUAUGUCCAGGCACGCAGUGUGCGA